AUGCCGCCAAUACAUGACAUCGAGGUACUCCAGUGCAACCUAAACCACGCCCCACGUGCACAAGAUCUGAUGAUCCAGCACAUGGCGGAGUGGGAGGUUGCUGCGGCGGUUGUGGCGGAACCGUACUAUGUCCCGCAACAACCGAACUGGGUAGGUGACAGGGUUGGCUCGGUAGCCACGGUGGCCAUUGUGGUGCCGGUUAUGGGUGGUCUGCCCCUCUCCAGGGUGUCCUGCGGCUCUGGAUAUGUAGUGGCCAAACUGGGGGAUAUAACAUUAAUUGGUGUGUACUUCUCCCCUAACAGGCCACUGCAUGAGUUUGAGGCCUAUCUGGAGAGGCUUGGAAGGGCGGUGGUUGGUGCGGCUCCUUCCCCCAUAAUGGUCCUGGGGGAUCUCAACGCCAAAUGCGCCGCCUGGGGCUCCCCUAGGACCAACCCCAGGGGGACGGUACUUCUGGACUGGUUGGUCGGGCUAGGACUCGAAAUAGUCAACCGGGGCUCCGCCAACACCUGCGUGCGCCAGGGGGGCGGAUCAAUUAUUGAUAUCACACUGGCGUCCCCAGUGGUGGCAGCGCGUACUGCAAACUGGCGGGUCCUAGAAGACACGGAGACCCUCUCUGAUCAUUUAUACAUCAGAAUGAGGGUCUCCAGAGCCCAGCAAGGCCAACAGCCACAGCCGGCAAGGGGAGCGAGGAGAUUCCCGAGGUGGAGCCUGGCCACCCUGGAUCGUGAAGCGGCUAGAGAGGCGGCAAUGGUGGAGGCUCGAUGGGGGCGACAAGCCCCAGAGGAAGCCAACGUGGACAGCAUGGCCCUUGGCUUUCGGGCCUCCCUCACGAGGGCGUGUGACGCCUCAAUGAGAAGAGCGGGACCUCCUCAGAGGAAAAAGGCCACAUACUGGUGGUGCCCGGAAGUAGCCGCUCUCCGGACUACCAGCAACGCAGCACGACGGCAAUUCACACGCUGUCGAAGAAGGCGGCACACACAGGAGGAGCUGGACGCGUACUACUUGGCACUAAAUGAGGCCAAGAAGGCCCUUAACCUUGCCAUUGCCAAGGCAAAGGACGCGGCGCACGGGGCCUUUUUGGCCUCUAGAUGUGGACCCAUGGGGACGGCCAUAUAA